CGGCGUUUCUAAUUUUUCAUCGUUCCUUUUUUGCAGGCAUCCAGUACGCACGUCCUUGAUGACAAUUUUUUCGAGUUAUUAUCCCGUUGUCAAGGCAACCGUAUGGAAGAGCAGCGAGCUGAACUUCCGAAUUCGAAAACAAAGAACGGAGGUAAGAACAUUUCAGAUAUUUCUAUUUUUACCUACUUGCUGGCACUAAUUAAUAUAGGGGCCGUCUUGACCAGGAUUUUUGAGGUGGAUGGUGCGGUAUGGAGGACUCAUGUAUGCAUGACGUCACUCAUGUAUGCAUGAUGUCUUUACGUAUGCAUGACGUCAUUAUGUAUGCAUGACGUCAUGUAUGCAUGACGUCACUCAUGUAUGCAUGAUGUCUUUACGUAUGCAUGACGUCAUUAUGUCUGCAUGACUUCACUCAUUAUGUAUGCAUUGAGUCAUAAUAGUGCGUAACAAGACUGGGCAACUUUGGGCUCAUAGGCGAAUUUUUUAUAAGGUGUGCUUCCCAAACGGGCUAAAACUGCAAACAUACGCGAAGGCGAGCUCAGUACCUGGGAUUGGCUGGUCAAUUCUACAAUCCCAUUGGUCUGUUCAAAAGCAUCAAUUCUUUUGCAGUAAAAUUUAUUCAAACAACUCUAGUGCUUUAAUACGGCAUUUUUAUACGGCAAACUUAAGAAAAAACCCGAGAAUAUACAACGGACGGCAACACUACGGCGAUGGCAACCAAUACAAUGAGUUAAUGAAAAGAAAUAAAUAAUUAAAGUCCAGGGGAGUUUCAGACGUAGUCGUCGCCAGGCUUUUAGCCAGGAUCCUAAAAGAGGGCGUCCAAUUUUGGUACAACGACACAUCUACAGUAAGAGAGGGGGGGAGGGAGUCGAGAAAACGUUCCUCUGGAAAACCUUUGAAGUUUACGUUACUUCAUGUCAGUAUCUGUUCCAAGCUCGUUCGAAAUUUUUCAAACACACUUGGCUUUGUGAUUUUGUGCCGCUAUGCUUCUUUACUUAACUACAACAUUUUCAUUCAGCCAGGUACACCAUCAAAUUGAUCAAAAUGUCAAAUGUAUAAUAAUAAUGAGAAUUGAAGCUAUUUCGUUUCAGAUAUAUUAAUAUACUUAGGGAAAUAAUUGAAAAUAAUUUCCCUUUUCCCCCCAAAUUUGGGCGUCCAAAGGCGCCCAUUUUUUAUUCUAUAGGGCCGUCCCUGGACGCCUGGUCGUCGCUCUGUUUGCAACGGCAAAUCACAGAUUUUCACGUCUUUUAUAGAGUGUUUGCAUGUGACGUCAUAAAAAUUCUAAAAGCUCAAGCGUUUAAUAUAUAUAGUUGCCCAUUUUAUAUAUUUUGUAUAUCCUUACUACAAGUAUUCCUAGCGAAUUUCAAGUCGAUACAGUAAUUCAAUCUUGGACCACCAACAUGGCGGCCAGAAAAGUUAUAUUUUAUCACAUAGGUCCACAAGUAUGUUUGAUAUUAAUUAUAUAAAACUUUUGAAAGCCCACCGAAAUAUUUCGACUUAUGUUUGGAAAACCGCGUAGCUUAUAACGGCCUUUCAAAAUAAUGUGCUGAGUGGUUAUAUUACUACCUUAAAAAAUAAGCAGAAACUCGACGUUUCGAGCGAAGGCCCUUCGUCAUGAAGGGCCUUCGCUGACGUCAGCAAUAUAAAUUAUUCAAGCACAUUUAACUCGCGAAGGAAUUACUGAAUCGACUUGAAAUUUGCCAGGAAUACUUGUAGUAAGGAUAUACAAAAUAUAUAAAAUGGGCAACUAUAUAUGUUAAACGCUUGAGCUUUUAGAAUUUUUAUGACGUCACAUGCAAACACUCUAUACAACGCCUGCAUUUCAAGCCGUAACAAGUGCAACUUAUAAAAUUCGGUUCAGUAGACCUCUUCCCAAACAUAAAGCCAAUGUUUUCAACUUCUUAUACUGUAUUAAAUUCAUACGAAUUAUAAUAUACGACAAGUUUUCUUUACUAUAUCAUUUAUUUGAAGGAAUUUGUUUUGGCCGCGUUGCCGUCCUACAUGCUUAAGCUCGCUAGUAGCUAAUUUCCCGACGUAGGGUAUUUUUCAGGUAGUCGAAUCCCUGUCAAUCUGCGGCUCUCUGGUGUUAUUGUCACUUCCUACGCUGGCUCAGACCGUUCGAGUUUGGAUCUGAAAUAGCCUUUACCGUGAAACCGCAGUCGUAAUCUAUCGCAUGUAAUGUCAACAGCUUAGUUAAGCUCACGGAGUCGGCUGUAUCGCCAUGUUUGCGGAGUGGGCUUAUAUUAUCUCGACGGCCUGUGGUGUGGCGCGGAUUGUAUCUUGUUUGCGAUAAGAAUUUCUCUUAAAUAUUUCAUUGCAAAUAAAUUAUAUGUAUUAUUUUAUAUAACAAAACAUACAUUCUGAUAUCGUGGGAAAGCAAGUUUUUAGGUGUUUAUUUUUUUGCCAAAUGGUAUAGUGAAUAGUCGCAGCCCUCCCCAUUUGUAACGGCAAACGGCAAUUACCACCAUUUGUAACCUUGGUAUCCGGUUAUUAUCUAGUAUCCGCGGCCGUUAUCAUUUACUAUCCGGUAUCCAGCAAAACAGUAUCUGGCGCAUGCCUAUAUUUCAUUAGUCUGUUUUCCCGCUGACUAAUAAACUUUUUUCAUUCGUUGAAUGCCAAUGCCUAAAAAGGACUAUUUAUGUUAAAACUGUAUCGUAAAAUGAUUCUUAUCAUAUACGAGGCGAAAUGGAAAACAAAACUUCUGGCAAGAAGAUAUUUAGCGGUUUGCUUGUGUUGCUCUCAUAUGUAGAGCUCAAAAAUAUGAAAAGCAGAUAACAGAUCAAAAAUUGUGUAAUCUACAAAAUAGACUUGUCUAUAGACUAUAGACUAUACACACACGCAAAAACCUCACAACUUGUCAACAAGUCGUUGCACGAAAACAUGUUGCUGGAGCAACUUGUAACGAGUCUGUUGGAGCACGGUUAAUUGUCUAUUAACCGUGGUUGGAGCAUUGGGUUGGAGUCCACAACAUUGUAGCAAAUUGCCAACAAGCUGGGAACAAGCUGUAUACAAACACAUCCUGAUGACAAGUUGGUGAAACAGCAUUGCUAGACGAACGCAUGCUUUAUUCAAUCUAGAAAAUGCCUUAUUAAAAUUCGAAAAUUCUGAAAAUUUCUUUAUUAAUUUAAAAAGGCCAUAAUAUAGCAAUAUAGAGCUGAUGUAAAUGAGUCUAAGUCGGGCCAAAAACACAUUUAUGCCCAAGAACAUCAACUGUAUAGGCAAUUCUAGCUUUUAAUUUAUGCACGCAGGGGGUGACGGGAAGCAGGGUAUCAUAUUGCUGAUUAUGCUGAAAAUUUUCAAUAAAAACUGCCGAAACAACCGAAAUAUUUCAAUAUUUACAAGUAUAAGCUAUAUCACUUCGUGUUUACACGGACGCCAUUUUUAUUUUUUUUCAGCAUAAUCAGCAAUAUGAUACCUUACUUCUCAUCCCCCCUGCACGCAUAAAUUAAAAGCUGGAAUUGCCUAGCUAUUUAAUACUUUAUAAUAAUUUUACAGGGCGAUUACUGACAGCAGAGAUGCAUGAUAACAAAAUAGACGGCAAACAGAUAUACAGGGUGUCUCAAAAAAACCAAAAUCAUUGAAAUUGACGUAUUGUUCGAUAUUCAAUGCCCUAGCACUAAGUUAAUCCCACGAGUGCAUAAAAGAUUGACAUAACUGCUAUAAUGAAUGGUAAUACUUAGCGUAAACUUGUUAUGUCAGGCAUAAAGUACUAAACCCACGAAUGCAUAUUACGCAUAUUACAAUUUACGAAGCAUUUUUAAAUUCCCAUGAGCAAACAAACGUUCACUUUACAAAGAUAUUUUAAUUUUUUAAAACAAAUUAAUCACCCUGUCAAAAUCCUUUGUGUUACGGCAUUGAAAUUCGAACAAUACGUUAUUUCAAUGAUUUUGGGUUUUUUUGAGACACCCUGUACAGGGUGUAUAAAAAAAAACGCAACCUCGGAAUUUCCUAAGAAAUCACUUUGCAAUUCUUAAGCAUAAAAGAUUUUAGGCCCCUGGGAAUUGAAAUCGAAUUGCUAAUAGAUCAUAUUACUGUUGUUGUGCAUUAAAUAAAUGCAUAAAUUUUGCUUUAUGCACUCGCGUGUGCAGUAAUUUUGACAGUUAUGCUAUUUUAAAUUCCCAGGCGCCUAAAAUCUUUUGUCUUUAAAACAAUGUCGAUGUCUUGGGAAAUUCCGAGGUUGCGCUUUUUUUUAUACACCCUGUACAAUGCCGCCUUCGCGCUGCCUUUUAUUUCGUUGUCUUAACUACAAACUCGGUUUAUAUAAGCAAGAAAAACCUAAACCGUUCUCAAAACACAAAAGGAAGAUUAAAAAACUAUAAAAACAAAGCUAUAGCUUUGUUUGUUAAAUAUAUUAAAUAAACUCGCACUGCAUGUGUUUUAUUAAAAAGGUUCUGCCACAACACAGUCAACAUGCAAUCAACAGGAAUUGUGUUGAUGUUUUCGGGAAUGGAUUCUAGCUUAUUUCAUUUUGGAAAAUUGUUAUCUCUUCUCUUUUUUAUUUUAACAGUCAUUUUGUCGAUGAAAAGUAAAAAAAAAACACCCGAUAAAAUGUAUGUUAGUCCGCUAAUUUAUUCAUUUUCGCCCGCCAAAGUUACUAUAAUUCUAAACUUUGGGGAGCGUGAUCGGCAAGAGGGGAACAAAUUUUUUAAAUUUGCAUUUAUAAAAAUUCCCCGUGUUGUUUACAGUAUAGACAUAAGAAAAUGAAAUUUGUGGGCAUGCAUGGACAAUCUUUACAUCAUAAUUAUUAUCUUUCAUUCUAUCUUGCAAAAUAACUUGAAUUUUAUACUAGUGUAACAUUCGGAAAAUUGCUUAAAACUUGGCGUGCACGCGUGAUCAAAACGUGCCUGUAUUUUUCCACAAACGUGUCAAUUUUAUGUAAACAACGUAACUUCCAUUACCAAACCUGGCACGUUUGCGCUCAAGUCAGUGGCUCAAACAUGUAACGUUUGAAACGUAAACAUAUACGCGAUAAAAUCGUCAAGCUUCAAUGCAAAAAAACAUGCAUGCAUGACAAUUUAACAGGAAACGACUUUCAUCCAUUAAGAAGUAAUUUUUGCGCAUUGAAUAUAUGAUCUAUAGCUUAAUAUUGGCCAAAAGGCAAAAUAAAUAUUUAAGAGUAAAUUGUAUUUUCUUGUUCUCGAUUGUUAAGUGAAAAAAAGUUAUAUAAUUUUUAUGACAACAAAAAUAAUCUGUUAGACAAUCUCUUCCUCUAUUUUCUACAUGUAUAAUAUUAAUUGUAAUGGCAUGAGACCCAAAAUAGGCAUGAGAUAUAUUUGUAAUGGUACGAGAUCCUAAAAAGUUAAUAGGUAUAUAUAAUAUGCGACAUGCCGACAAUUUCUUCCUCUUUACCCUCUUAAACUGCGAGCAGUUCCCAUAAUAAAUUAUUCUCUAAUGGUUUAUCUAAAAAAUAAGAUUAAUUGUGAUGGCAUGCUAUAUUAUGUAAGCCAAACUCGAGUAUUUAUCAUUUUAAAACUUUAGUCUUUAUAAGUUGAGUGCAUGAGAAAUAGCUAUUAGGGGCCAUUCACAAAGGAUGUCCGGCCAAGUGAUGGAUUUUCAGACCCCCCUCCCCCCUUGUCCGGCAUUGUCCGAAUUAGUGACACCCCCUCCCCCCGGACAUCGACCAUGCCUCGCAAAAACUCACACAACCUUGUAUAUGUCAAGAGUAAAAAACUUUUUUUACUUUUAGAACUUUUUUAUAACUAUAAAUGUGAAUACAAAAACAUAUAAAUUACUAAUUAAAACAAAAUCUAGUGUUAACCGCACAGUCAAAAUGCCAAUUUCACAAUGAGAAGGACUGCUCAAAAUAGAGGGAAAAAAAUUUGUUUUUGAAUAUUUUAAAAUUUCGGACAUCCGGAUUGCCACCCCCCCCCCCCUUCCCCCUCUCCCCCCCUAUAUCCGAGUUUGUCCUGAUUUUCCAAACCCCCAUCCCUUGGCUCGGACAUCCUUUGUGAAUGGCCCGUUAUGCAAUAUAUAUACUGUGCUCAAACGUAUAUUUAAAACUUCAUGAAAAAUUGUAUGUCAUUUCUGCAUGUAAAAAAAUUGUCUGUCAUUUCUGUAAUGAUAGGUGAAAAGAAAUGAUAAUAAACCGUAAUAUUUACCUUUCGACAAAAAAAACUUCAUAUGUGUAUAUGGAAAUUAUUAUCUCGAAUCCUGUAAUAUAAUAUAAUUAUGUUGCAGCAUUGAGUUGAUAUCCAGUUGAUAUUGCAUGAAUACACUCUUUUGGGGGUCGUUUUGACUCUUUUGAAUUUGCAGUGUAUACAUAUAGUACCUAUAGUUUUGAUUUGUAAGAAAGACCAUGUAUAUUUAAUAUUGCAAUUCUUUUGACUCGGGAUUUUUUUAAAUACGGUCAAAACAUAACUUUUAUCGACUAAGAAUAUAGUUAGCUCUAGUUGACUCUAGUUGAGUUGAGUCUAGAUCCAUGUUACAUAAUUUUUCCUGUUACAUAACUAUAUAUAUAUAUAAUAUACUUUCAAAAACGUCUAUUUAACCACCGUCCACAAAGUUAACAUAUACUACAACAUGUGAAAAAAUAAUUUGUAAACGGGAUAAAGAAUUUCCUUGUUAAAUUAUUUAUGCAUAUUAUUUAGAUAAGGAUGUAGACGAAAGGGCUGUUUACACGUUAUAUUUCUUUUACAUAUAUGUAGUUAAACAGUGGCAAGAGCUCGCGGGCAAGUGGCAAAUUUUAAACCCACUCGUUCAUGUGUUUUAUGACGCAACACCAUGCAUACUAUAUUACUUGCAUGUUGAAUCAAGUUCCAUGUUACAAAAUUUUUGCUGUUACAUAACUAUAUAUAUAGUAAUGAACGCUCCAUUUGACCCAUGCAUAUAUAUGCAUUUCUUAUCUUACACAUAUAAAGGAAUCACUCAGUCAUGUAAAUUUGGGCAAAUGCAAAUUUUCAUUAUAUACAUAUGCAUGGUCAUUGCCAAAGUCAUCUAAAAGGAAGUUCAACUUUCUCGAAGACCUUUCAAAUUGAAUCCCUAAUAGCUAGAAAGUAAUAUGAAAAGAAUAUAGGCUUUUACAGUAGUUCAGGGAAAAGUUUGUGGUGCAUGACCCCACAGAAACGCGCAUUCAUAUAUGACUUUUCUUGGGCAAAGCAAAAUUGAUAUUAUGUUGAUCGUUUGACUUCACAUAUAUAUAUUUGUUGAAAAACAGAUUCAUACGACUAAUAGAUAAUAAUGUUGUUAUCUUUUGUUUACCUUAACCGCAAUUUACUUGAAGUUGCUUGGGAGUUUUAUCUUCGUUUAAUUCAUAGAUAAGAUCCUGUUCAUAUUUUAUUAUAUAUAAGCAUUGUAAUCUGGUUAUGCGGGCAGAACAGCUAACACAGUAACAGUUUCAACACUAAUCCUGUCACGGAAACAAUGGCUUCUAGAACAUCAAAACUGCAGUUGUAUCGAAGUAAGCUAUUUUAAAGUCUUUUCUGUAAUGAACUAUAGAGGAUAAAUUACAUGGGUGCGCGGAAAUACCAGAUUUAUUUCGAGUGUUGAACGUCCGUGGCAAUGCGUUUUACAACAAAUGAUAUUUUCACACGUAAAAAUAUCGUAUUUUUUACGUGUGUUUAAAUACGAUUUUUCUCAGUGGCCAAAAACUCUAUAUAACACGUAUGUUUAUAUAAUAAAAUAUCUUAUUUUUUCUGCGGUAAAUUGUUGAAUGUAUAAGCUUUUUUGAAAAUUAAUUUGUGCAUAUAAACAAAGUCCAAUGUUUAUAUAUAGUUAAAUGUUAUUCAUUUUACCGAGUUAAGUAAAAGUAUAUUAAGUAUAUUUUGGUAGUUUUUUUGUUCACAGUUUUGUGUUGUUAAUUUGAUAUUUCAGAAAAACAUUUUUGAAUUAUAUUUUUUACUGCAUGAUGAACAGUGAAGUUGUCAUGCUCUUGUAUGUUACUGAGCGAAACAAAAUAUGUUGAACUUCUUAUACUAUAUUCACGUUUAGUGGUUCAAGGUUAUUCUUCGUUCCUAAUUUGUCCCUAUACCUGUCCCUCAAAUUUUGUAGGUAGAAUCGAGUAUAGAUUCAUCUAAGAAGGUAGACAUGGCAACGGUUUUCCCUUAUAUUUCAUGCAUUAAUUACUAGAUUGUACGGUUUUUGCUUGUCAUAUAUAGUUAUUUGUAAACAAAAUAUGUUUUGUGAUUCAAUUAAAGUACAUUCAAGACUUAAUUGUUAAAGUGUGCUAAAAUUGAAGGCAUUACUUUGUCUCAUUAACUUUUCCUUAUUAUUUGACUGAAAUUAACUUUUCCUCGCGGAGACGUUAAUGAAAUUUCCUCGGAAACGUGGGCGUUAAAUUUAAGAUAAAAAUUUAUUACUUUAAAUUAAUAGGAAACAGGGCAUUAGCAAGAACGACUGAAUGUAUAUGCUGGUUUUUAGCAGAGCCUGAGGUCCGCCCAUGAACUCGUUUUUUUUUUUGAAGGAUAUUUUUUAAUAUAUGUACGGACAAAAACGUUAAAACAUGAAACAAAAUUCAAGUAUUUUGUUUUUUGUAUAGUUAGUACAACGUACAAGGUUUAAUAGUUAGUACAAAUUUUGCUGUCACAUAUUGACAUUCAGCAGCCACUGCACAUUCAGCCAUCGCACGAUUUUAAGAUUUUUCGAAAGAUUUUUUUGGAAAGCGCAUGUACGAGAAUUUUUGGAGUAAAAACUAUAGAGGGCACUCACUUUCACAAGUCCCAACCUAUAUGCAUAAAUUAUACAAUGGGCUAAUAACGCAUUUAGUUCACUCUGCCCGUCAAAUCAAAGCAAGACAAACUUUAUUUCAUCCUAUUUUCAAUGAAAUUUAACCAAAAUUUAAUCAAUUUGUCCUUUGGGAAAUGUCAUGCAUGGGUCCCGCAAAUUUUCGUGCCAAUACGUUUGAUAGUUUUUGAGUUAUCGUGUGCUGAAAGACAAACACACACAGACAGGCACACACACACACACACACAUAAUGACGGUCGCCAUAGAGUAAUUUAGUAUUUAACACAAAACAAUAGACACUCCGUAAAUUGUUAACAUUUGAAUUAUAUGCGUUUUAAUCCUGCUGAAUUAGAUGACUGUAAAGAAAUAAUCAAAACAUAGAGUAUUAAAGAUGAUUUCCACUCCGUUCUGCGUAUCAGUUCUGCUCAUAACAAAGGGGAACCCCCAGAUAUAAAGAUUGCCCAAUUUUUGCAUCUUUCGAACUUUUUUGAAUUGAAACGUACAAUUUAUAUUCAUUUACAAGCAUAGCGAACAAGAAAAGUGUUAGAUAUUCAGUUAGUAUAUCAUAUUUUACAAAUAUAGCAGUUCAAAACGUAAACAAAGUUCGCGCAUGUGCACAGGAGUGGACAUCAUCUUUAAAGUGUUAACAAUUUACGGAGUGUAACGAAGUGUUUGUUGUUUUGUGUUUAAUUUUUGGAAUAGUUCGGCCCCCAAUGACGACGCAAAAAAUCCUAAAAAGUAAAAUUACUCAAAUUUAUGUCCGAAUUUACUAAUUUUUGAGUGAAGUAAAUUUAAAACAUUACUUAAAAGAAAGAGUAAAUUUGCAUGCUCAGAAAUUUUCAAUAACUUUACCCAAAAUAGUUAGUCACUUCGAGUGCAAUAUUUUACUGCAAUGUUUUUGAGUCAGAAUACUCGGGAAUUUUAUAGCCUUGUUGUGUAGAUAUUUCUGAAAUUGAAAAACGCGCUCUGUACUAAAUUAGUUCUCUUUUUUGAAGGGCGUAUUGGGGGUAAGUCGAGCAGAUCUGUAAGAAGUCGCAAAGUCAAUUCCCUCACUCAAGAAGACAUGUUUGAGUUGAUCAUAAAAUCUCAGGUAAGAAUUGAGUUAAAAAAUAUGGUAUAACUUUCUAAUGGAGACAUGGGGGGCAUUCGUUUAGUACGUACACAUGGGAGAGGAGUCGUCGUAAGUGGACAAAACGGUGAUUCUAUUUUUGUCUUUGCAUGAAGAUUUAAUCUUCUUGGUUUGAAGUCCUGUCGUCGUCCAGUCGCGUCGUAGGUCAUAAAAUCCUAAUUAACUUUAUCGGCGGUUUUCUCGCAGGAAUCGCGUAUCAACGACCAACGUUGUGACCCCGAUCUUAUACAACAAGCCCCUACCGUGCCAGAUGAAGAUUUCUUUGGCCUAAUAUUGCGUCUGCAAUCCAACCGUAUUGAUGAACAGCGGUGUAGUCUACCAGACAACCGACGGAGCAACAAUACCGCGAAGCCUAAAGGGACUAAGUCCCAGUACAGGAAGGAAUCACAGCUGUAAAUAAAAUGUGUUUCCAUCACUUGUGAAGAACGAUGUGAAGAUUAAAGGAAAAGCUUUAAAGUAAGCCUGCAUAAUGCAUAUUUUAUGCAGGCUUUUAUAGUUCUGUGCCAGAAACGGCGAACAUGGUCCAAUUGUUUGAACUAUAAAGGAAACUAUUCCAGAUUUUUAAAUCUGUCACCAAGAUAGGUAGUUACACAAAUGAUGUCUUUCUAUUUUUAAUUUCCAAAGCUGCACUCUAAAAACUGCACUCUGGUUGAAAUUCCCCUUCAUAUUUCUAGUUAGAUUUCCUGGUUAGUUUAUCUCACUUCGUACCAUAGUCUGGUUAAUGUGGUUACAUUAUACUGGUUAUAUAUGACCCAGGACGUCCCUGUUAAAAUAACCAGACUAACCAGACUAUGCUAUAGGUGGAUAUAUAACCAGAGCCGUGGUUAUUUAUCCACCCAACAUAUAGUCUGGUCAGUUUAACCAGACUAUAGUGGGAAAACGUUAAAAUAACCAAGAAAUUUAAACCGAAAUAUUAUAGUUGACCGAAAUAGGAUUAAGCCUGCAUGGUUUACACUAUCAAAGUUUCUGUGAUCACAGUAGGAAUUUUGCAUCGGCAAAUUGUACGUUUUGAAGGUUUGUUAGAAAUGUUUGAGGGAACGGACUCAGUGUCUAACAUUGAGUCAGUUUGUUCAAACAUUUCUGUAUACAAAUCCUUCAAAACAUAGAAUUUACCUAUGCAAAAUUCCUACUGUGAUCACAGAAACUUUGAUAGUGUAAACCAGACUUUAUUUCUAGGUUAACCAUGGGAAAAUUUAACCAGAGUGUUUUAGAGUGUGGGCUGAAGGGUAAAUACUGAUGCAUGUAUUAUAACGAUAUGUUGUAUAUAUGUUGUUUUAGAAAUCACUAUGUUUAUAUAGCCCUUUUUGCGUGAGGCAUUGGCGAAGCACAGUCUAUCAAAAUAGGAUGGUCUGAAAACU